CAUUAAUUUCAGUUUCAUAUAUUUUAGUUUAAUUUUAUAACUAUUAACUAGAGUUUAUUAUAUCCAAUUAGGGAAUAUAAUAACUUUGUCAUUUAAUUUAAUUUUAGUAAUUAAUACUCCCUCCGUCCACCAAUUCGUGUCCCAAUUUAUCAUUUUGAUCCGUCCACCAAUUCGUGUCUUACUUAUUUUUAAUAUUUAUUUCCUUAACAAAUAAAUUAAUUUUUCUUAAAAGUCCUGCCCCUUUCUCCACUCAACAAAUAAAUAAUACAUUUUUUUCUUAAAAUCAGUGCUUCUUCCCCUAAGACACGAAUUGGUGGACCGAGGGAGUAUUCAUCAUUAUGAUUGAUAAAUCUAAAGUUGAGACAGAUAUAAUUUUUUUAAUUCGAAUUGAGUAUAAUUCAUAAAAUUAUAAUAAAUUGUAUUUUUAUAAAAAAAUAUUAUUUAAAUUAUAAAUAUAAUAGUGUGACUUAAAAACUCACCUACGCAACAACUCUACCGCUAUGUUACAGUCACCAAAAAUUAAAUACUCGCUGAUGAGUAGAAACCACACUAUCACAUGUCAUUGCCUCGCCUCAUUCGAUCAGCCACUGAGAAAAAAUCGAUCUUCAAUGGCAAAGCAAUUCAUGCUCGGGUCAUCGUGUCCGGGUCGGGCCCAGAUGUCCAAAGCAGCAACCAUUUGCUCACGAUGUACGCGAAACUCGGCUACAUCGAUUACGCCCAGAAACUGUUCGACGUAAUGCCUGCGAGAAACCUCGUCACUUGGACUUCACUUAUUUCCGCUUAUUCCCAAAUGGGGCUCUCGGAAAAGGCCUUAGAUUGCUUCAGAGAAAUGGUUCUUGAAGAUGGGAUCGCUCCAAAUGAUUACACUUAUGUUGCAGCUAUCUCGGCUUGUGCUCAAGUAAGGGCGUUGAGGAGUGGAAAAGAGAUACAUUCGAGGAUUUGUAGAAUGGAGGAAAAUGUUAAUAGCUUUGUGAAUAAUAGCUUGGUUAACUUCUAUGGUAAAUGCGGGUCGUUGAAGCCGGCUAGAUUAGUGUUUGAGACCAUUUCUGAGCCAAAUGCUGUUAGCUGUGUGUCUCUAAUCACUAGCUACACGCAGAGUGGGGAGAAUGAGGAGGGAUUGAGGAUCUUCUUGAGGUCAUUGAGGAUUGGGGUGAAGAUUAACGAGUUUUCGUAUGUGAGCAUAUUACACGCUUGUGCUGCAUUGCAGAUUUUGGAUGUUGGGAAGCAAAUCCAAGCAAUGGCUGUGAAAUCUGGUGUUAGGAUGGAUCAAUUUGUCGUCACGUGCUUGGUUAACUUCUAUGCAAAAUGUGGCGAUUUGGAGCUGGCGAGGAGGGCGCUGAGGGAGGCAGAGAAGCCGAGUAUGACAGCUUGGACCGCGUUGAUUGGGGGAUGUGUGCAUCUUGGUAGAAGCAGAGAGGCUAUUGGUCUUUUCCACGAGAUGCUUUGGGCUGGCCUGAAACCGAGUGAGCAGACAUUUGCAUCCGUGCUUGGAGCCUUUAGUAGGGAUGGGGAAGCCAAAGGCGGGAUGCAGCUCCACUCCUUGAUCGUGAAGUUGGGAGUCAAGUCGUUUACUUUUGUCUCCAACGCGCUGCUGGAUUUCUACGCGAAGAUUGGCUGCUUAGAUGAGUCCUUCAAGGCCUUCUCUGAGAUGGAUGUGUGCGACAAUGUUAGUUGGAACGCUUUACUAGCUGGCUGUGUCGACUCUGGUUGCUACGAGGUAGCAACCAGAGUCAUCCGUAGCAUGCUGUUGGAGGGGCACGAGCCGGAUAUCUACACGUAUUCAACUCUUCUGCGCGUCUGUGGCAGCCUCCCUGCAGCCGAGUGGGGGAAGCAAGCUCACUGCCGCGUGAUCAAGCCUAGGCUAGACGCCAACGUGGUGGUUGGGAGCGCUCUAGUGGACAUGUACGCCAAGUGUGGGCGAGUGCACGAUGCAAGGAGAGUUUUCGACACACUCCCAAGAAAGAAUCUUGUUUCGUGGAACGCCAUGAUUGGAGGCUAUGCUCAGCAUGGAUACGCCAGAGAAGCAUUGGAAAUCUUUGGUGCUAUGCUGAGGAAUGGAGUGAAACCGAACGACAUCACAUACCUCGGAGUGCUGUCUUCGUGUGGGCAGGCCGGAGCAGUGGAGGAAGCAUUGCAUCACUUUGGAGCAAUGGCUUCGGAGUUUGGCAUCACACCGAGGGCUGAUCACUUGGCCUGCGUGGUCGGGCUGUUGGCACGAAAGGGGCAGACGAGAGAGGCUUGUGAUUUCGUGAGGAGCUUUGGUGGGGCUGUGAAUAAGGUGGUGUGGAGAAGCCUUCUAUCUGGCUGUGUGAUUAACAGAGAUUUGGAGAUGGCGAGAUAUGCUGCUGAGAAAAUUUUAUGCAUUGAUCCAAAAGAUGCAUCGGCUCAUGUGAUGCUGUCGAAUGCGUAUGCCGAUUCGGAUAUGUGGAGCGAAGCAUCGGAGAUGAGGAGAUUGAUGGAGGAGAAGACGGUGAAGAAGGAAGCUGGUUAUAGCUGGACUUAGUUGGAGAAGAGAAGACUUGAGCAGUUAAAGAAUAUGGGGUAAUAGCUUUAUAAUACAUGAAUUUUUAUACAUUUUUUAUUUUUUCACAUGAACUUAAAAUCAUAUACGAUCUUUCAUUUCUUUCUGAUUUUGUAAUUGAUGAACAUUUUCCACGAAUGAAAAUUGAGGUAGAAA